GGCCCGGGAAGGCGCUCGGAAUCCGGAACCCCAGUUCUGAUUUUCUUUCCUCCCGGUCUGUGCUCUCUAAUGGUUCUGGCGCUUCCAGCGAAGGGGGAUUGGAGAUAGGGGCUCAGUGCAGCGACGAGCCGCGUGGACCUGGGGCUGUCUGGCCGCCACCAGCCGCCUGCCGAUCCGCCUGGCCAGGCUUCCCGUCUGGUCAUGGCGAGAUUCUGGGCUUGCGUGGCCGGCGCUGGCUUCUUUCUUGCAUUUCUGGUUUUACAUUCUCGUUUUUGUGGCUUUCGGCUCCCUCCACAUCUUCACUUUGCCUUUAAAAUUUCCUGGCGCUCUGAGGAAAUCCUUUACCGGCUGGAUGUGGAUUGGCCUAUGUACUCAGAAUACUUUACUGGAGCAACGUUUUGUGUUGCAGUUGACUCCUUAAACGGAUUGGUUUACGUAGCCCAAAGAGGGGAUAACAUCCCAAAGGUAUUAGUGUUCACAGAGGAUGGAUAUUUCCUACGAGCCUGGAAUUAUACAGUUGACACACCUCAUGGUAUAUUUGCAGCCAGUACACUACAUGAACAAUCCGUCUGGAUCACGGAUGUAGGAAGUGGAUCCUACGGUCAUACUAUUAAAAAAUACAAUUCCUUUGGUGAUCUUGUUCAAGUUUUGGGUACCCCAGGCAAAAAAGGCACUGGUUUGAAUCCCCUGCAGUUUGAUAACCCUGCAGAAUUAUACGUAGAUGACACAGGAGAUAUUUACAUCGUGGAUGGAGAUGGAGGGCUGAAUAACAGACUGAUCAAAUUAUCCCAAGAUUACAUGAUCCUUUGGCUGCAUGGGGAAAAUGGGACAGGGCCUGCUAAGUUCAACAUACCUCACAGCGUUACAGUUGAUUCAGCUGGCCGGGUGUGGGUCGCUGACCGAGGCAAUAAAAGACUUCAGGUGUUUGAUAAAGACUCUGGGGAGUGGUUAGGAGCGUGGAAUAGCUGCUUCACAGACGAGGGACCUUCUUCAGUCAGAUUUACUCCUGACGGGAAGUACCUGAUCGCAGCCCAGCUGAGGCUCAGCCGGCUCCUCGUGGCGGCCGCGCCCCCCAUAGGGAGCAUUGGCCACUGCUCCGUGAUCAGCACCAUCCAGCUGGCAGACCAGGUUUCACCCCAUCUCUUAGACGUCAGUGCCAAGACUGGAGCCAUCUACGUGGCAGAAAUUGGAGCAAAACAAGUACAAAAAUAUGUCCCCAUGAAUAGUUUUUUCUCUUCAUUUGGUUCAUACGUUUCUCUUCCUGAAGAUGUUUCACGUGGAAGUUGGGAUUCUCAAAAUCAUGGUUGAAUACUCUACAGUAACGUUCAGGCAUAGGGGUUUGUUUCUUCAUUUUACCUUGACCCUGUGUCAGAAACGUUUGUUUUUAAUAUCAUUAAGAAGCAUGUCUUUUGGCAUUCUUGUGACUUAGUUUUAUUCGUCAGUGUGUAAGGAUGUUUUAAUGAAAGAAACGCAACUAAUGAAAAAAGGAUGAAAAAGAGGGACUAAGGUUGUUGUAACUUAGUAAUCUUCCUUGUUGGCUGAUUCUCCCUGGGGGUGAAAAGACAGGAAUCAAAAUGGGUUUGCAGGAUAAUUUAUAGAAUUUCAUAUAAAAACUACAAACCUUCGCUUUAUUCCCUUUAUAGGAAGGGAGCCACUUGAGAGAUGGGGUCACGUGGGGUCCUGACUGACAAGUACUCACAGAGUGCUAGGUCCUGAGAGUUCAGAGGUGAAGAGGCCGGGUUUGUCCGUGUGCAUUCGAGUAGCUCAGAGUCCACACAGCCCAGUGACAGCAGCGCACGGGUGUCCUGGGACUUUGGAAGGAGGAGCACCUGAAUGGUGGAGACUUCGCAGGGGAGCUAUUUUGAGCUCCCACUUGCAAAACUGAGGAGGAGAAAACAAUGUGGUCCAGGUCGAGAAGUUAGGAAAAAUUGCACGCUUGUUGUGAAAGUAGGUAAACUUUCUUUUAAAAGCCCAACUUGGCUUUAGUCCUUUAGCUGCAAAAUACUUAAUCUCAGUUUUAAAUGUAGGAAUAAGUGGCUAGCGUGUAAGCACUUUACCAAAAGGGAUUUUUACAAAUCACAGGGGUGUUUUUUUAAAAGUAGUGUUAAAAGUAAGCCCUCUCUUCAGUGCCUCCAUCUUUUUUUUUUUUUUCCAAACAGGAACUCCGUUCAUUCUAACGUUUGCCUACCUCAAAGAAAUUUUAGAAUUAUUUAUAUGAGGGUAUGUGCCAAGCACCUGGAGCUGUUAAGAUGAAUAAUUCCCUACCUUUCUGUCCCUACAUCUCUUUUUAUCCUUUUGGUAUGAAGGUUGGCCUCCCGGUUGAGACCGUCGGUUCAGUUUGUUCUGGUUUAUUCUAGGUUUUGAAGGAACUUUGCCAUGUUAGGAUCUUUCAGAUCAUCGCCCUUUCUCGUCUCAGCCUCCCUCUUCAUCCUAGGGUUGCACUGGACACUGUGUAGCGUGUCUCGAGCUGACUUUCCGCAUCAGCCAUUAUGGCUGGAGUCUGUUUUCCAGACCUCAAGGGACUCACACUUGUUUUGAUGCUGAGUCCCAUCUCGAUGCAGUUAGGAAAGUAAAUCUACCGACAGGAAACUCUCCUGUGUUUCAAGGCCAUUGAGAAGUGUGUUUGUGCCACUGAGGGAGCUAUGUGACCUAAAUGAGUCACCUUAGUGUUCCCUUCAGUGUAAUAGGAACAUCCCUGCCUUUCCUCCUUCAGGAAGUGCUGUGAGGACCAGACAUGUGAUAUGUGCACGUGUGCCCUUUGGAGUCGGUAGCUCCAAAUACAUUAAAGGCAUUUUAUUAGCAAAGGUCCUUCUAAAUGUGUCAUUUACCUGAUUCCAGCUGUCUGCUUUGCCUUAAUUUUGCAUUUACUGCUUUUUAUCAAAACACAUCCUCAUGAACUUCAUGCAGUUUGGCCAUUAUAGUAAAUUGAUUUGGAUGAAAGGAAGUCAUUUGAGGUUUCAUUUGUUUUGUUUUUAAGCCAGGACAAGAAACGGUCUCUUUGAAGGAAUGCGAGGUCCAUAAAUUGAUUUUGUCAUUUCAAAAAUGUUGUAUUUAACUUUGUUUUAUACUAGAUUCUUAUAAAACUUGCUGCAAGUAUUGUCUUCAUGUGUCUUGCUAAACGUGUUUAUUUUGUUAGUAUACUUGUAAUCAGUUUUCCACUUUUUUUUCCUUUGGAUUAAUUGGUUAAAUAAAUUGAAUGAGAAAUGUGUUGUAUUUUCUAUUAAAAAAUACAAAUUAAAAUUUUUGAAAGAAAA